AUGCGGCAAAGCUCCAAGUACGCCUCAACACUCGGCUUUGCCGGCGUUCUCUUCGGCAGCUUGCUCGUAGCCAUCGACGCGGUGGCACUGGCGCCCUCGCUCCCCGUACGUCUCCCGCAACUCACGCUCGACGAAAGAAAAAUCUCCCUAACAAUUCCGCACAGACUCUCGCCGAUGCCCUCAACGCUCCUAGCAUCGAGAUCUACUGGGCCGGAGUAGCCUACACCCUCGGCAGCGCCACCUUCCUGCCUCUCUUCCCGGCUGCGUCGAGCGCCCUUGGUCGCCGACCCGUCGUCCUCGCUGCUCUGCUCCUGUUCCUGACUGGGACGAUCGUCUGCGGGACUGCUCACAAGAUCGCCGCCAUGCUGGCGGGACGCGUGCUCCAGGGGAUCGGAGGCGGAGGCAUCGUCGGCAUGCUGUACGUGGUCAUUGCGGAUCUCUUCGAUAUGCGAUGGCGACCCAAGGCCCUGUCGAUUAAUGGACUCUUUUGGCUGGUCGGAACGGGAUGUGGGCCUGUCAUCGGAGGCGGAUUCAGUGCCUAUGUUUCUUGGAGAUGGUGAGUGUCAGCCGUAACAGUCCUCUUGGUGGUUCAUGCAUGCUGACGAGAUGGAACUAGGAUCUUCUGGAUCGUACUUCCCAUCAACGGCAUCGCCAUCGUUCUCGUCGCUCUCUUCCUGGACAUCCCCAUCACGGCGGCAAAUGAAGUCCAGAUCGACCGGAGCAAGGCACCGGGGCUGGCUGGAAAGAAGAGUAUCCACAAACUGAGCUGGAAGCAAAUGGACUACGGCGGUGCCGCUCUGCUGGUGGCCUCGCUCAGCUCCUUUCUCAUCCCCAUUACGUGGGGCGGUAUCCAAUACAGCUGGUCGUCCUGGCACACGCUGGCGCCUCUCAGCAUCGGCGUGUUCGGCCUCUUCGCGUGGCUGGCGUACGAGGCCUUCGUGCCCGCCAACCCCAUCAUGCCGCUUUCCAUCCUCUCCGACCGCACGGUCUCGAUCGCCGCAGUCUCCACCUUCGUCACCGGACUCUGCCAAUACGGCGUCGUCUUCUACCUCCCCCUCUACUUCCAGAUCGUCAAAGGCUACUCGCCGCUCAUUUCCGGUCUGGGAAUCCUGCCUUCGACCCUCUCCGGAGCACCUUCUAAUAUUCUAACUGGCGUCAUCAUUUCCAAGACCGGUCGUUACAAGCUCGUCGUGCUGAUCGCUUGGGCCAUCUUGGCAAUGGGAAUGGGCGUCCUCACCCUCCUCGACCGCGACACAUCCGUCCUGGUUUGGAUCUUCCUGGGAAUCCCCGGCGGCUUCGGCUUCGGAAUGGUUCUGCCCGCACUGACCGUCGCCUUCACGGCUCCGGUGAGGGAAGAACACAUGGCCAUUGCUUCGGGUCUCUCGCCCUACACACGCGCCAUCGGGCAGUCGAUCGGCAUCGCGGUGGGAAACUCCAUGGUGCAGAACCUCCUCAAGAACCGCCUAUCUUCCUCAGCCACAAAGGUCCUCUCUGCCAACGCAGACCUCAUCUCCAAGAACAUGGCGUCCCAAGACCUCCUGAACACCUUCAUGCGCAGCGCCGCCGGCAAGCACGAGCUCCUGAACGUCUACACCAGCGCCAUUCGCGAUUUCUGGUGGCUGCUGUGUGGACUCGCGCUGUUCUGUGGGCUGCUGUCGUUCUUCAUCCGCGACGUCAGUCUGGAUCGCGACUCGUCGUCGGUGGUGUUCGAGAAGCGCAGCGACAGCGUCACCAAUUUGUCCACCUAUCCCAAAUCCGACAGCUCCCAGAGGCGAAUCCGCAGCUGCGACGACGCUUCGAUUGUCGCUUCGAUGGCUUCGAACGGUUCCAAACGCGUGGUCGGUCCGUUGCGGGAUUCCUUCGUUGCAGGAUAG